AUGGGUUCCGCAUCUCCUAUCAAGCAGGCGGCCUAUCGAUUAGCUCCUAGUGAGCAGGAAUUUUUACAAGAAGAGGUUCGAAAAAUGUUGAAUAUGGGAUUAAUAAGGAAGUCCUAUAGCCCAUGGUCAUCUUCAGUGGUAUUAGUUCCCAAGAAGAAUAGAAAAUUACGGUUUAGACUUGGCCAGUGGUUUAAUGUUAUGCCUUUCGGUCUCUGUAACACCCCGGCUACGUUUCAGCAGCUGAUGAACCAUGUGCUAAAGGAGUAUAUUGGGCAAUUUGUUGCUGUCUACCUAGAUGACAUUACUGUCUACUCUAGAACUUUCUGGGAACACAUAAAACAUUUGGAAAGGGUCUUUAUCAAGCUUCAGGGGGCACGGUUAAAAUUAAAUAGUGACAAAUGUUACUUUCUUAGAAAGUCGUUAAAGGUUCUAGGCUAUGAAAUUACUAGGAAUGGAAUUAGGCUAGAUAAUGAAAAGGUCAUCAAAGUCCAAAAAUACCCAGCACUGAAGACUCUGCUCCAAUUGAGAGGAUUUUUGGAAAAUAAAGAUUAUGAAGAGAACUAUGAGGAUGAAGGGGAUUAUGAAUCUGAGGUAGAAGAGAUUAAUUAUGAAAGGACUGAUAGUAUAGAGGAACAAUGGAAUACUGGACAUGAAUCGGCAGGAACAAGGAAUGGAAAAGGAGCUGAAAUAUUACUUUCUCAGGAUGAAGUAUACUUAGUGGACGAUUUAAGGGCAAUCCAGAAAGUUAUAGAAGCCUCAGAGGAAGAAAAUGACCCCAAGUAUAAGGGUGAUGAAGGAUCAUCCAAUGAAACGUCAGAUGAUGAUGAGUCCCAAAUAGAAGUUGUAAUAAACAGUAGAUCGACAAGUCUAACCACCCCAGAGGAAGAAACCUUGACCGAAGAGUGGAAGGUUAAUAAGAGUUUUGCAGACCAAGUAAAGCAAGAGAAUGCAAUGAUGGAUGAAUUUAUCAAAUGGCCAGAAGAUGACCAGGAAGAAACCUUUGAGCUACAAGCCAUUGAUAUCGGUACAGAAGGAAUUGGAAAAACCCAGCGCUUUGAAAAUGAGUUCUUCCUCUACGACCAUCCUACCCUUAAUGACUAUAUAGCAGCCUGGGAGCUCAAUUUAAGGGAGGCCAUAUAUUGGGUAGAUUUUUAUGGCUAUUCUUUAAUUGCCAACGACCCAAAUGAAUUACUAAUCCUGCAAAACCGGAUACAAGAUGAAGUACAACAAAGUGAAGCCCGGCUGUUAAUAGCUUUACAAACCGGCAUUGAUCCUGGGUGUGACCGAAGACUUGUAGAUGAUAAUGGUGUUCUUAUUUUAUCUGUGGAAAUCGAGUUGGAUUAG